AUGACCGAGUUACUUCUUGAUCCCGCGCUCCGCACUUGGGUAUUUUUGCCGAUUGUGGUUAUAACGUUUAUGAUUGGUGUUUUACGGCAUUAUGUGUCGUUACUACUAAUGAGCAAAAAGAAAGUCGAACUGGAGCAAAUACAGGAUGGUCAAUAUCUCAUUAGAUCGCGGUUAUUGAGAGAAAAUGGUCGUUUUCUGCCGAGGUCAUCUUUCAAUAUGAGACGACAGUUUCUUGCACACGAAGAGAAUGGUUAUCUAUCCAAGGCAAUGAAAAAACCGUCAAAGGGUUCCAAUCCAAUGGCUGAUCCAUCAGCAAUGACCGAAAUGAUGAAAGGAAAUAUGCUAAACAUGGUACCAAUGAUUGUUGUUGGUGGAUGGAUUAACUGGACAUUUUCGGGGUUUGUAACAACCCGCUUGCCGUUUCCACUUACACUUCGGUUCAAACCGAUGCUCCAGCGUGGUGUGGAUCUUAUCUCACUGGAUACUGCUUGGGUUUCCUCGGCGUCGUGGUAUUUCCUUUGUGUCUUUGGAUUACGUUCGAUCUACACCUUAGUAUUAGGAGAGGAAAAUGCCGCCGAUCAAUCAAAGAUAAUGGAGGAUCAAAUGUCGAAUCAAGCAAUGGCUGCCCCUCAGGAUCCCAAAGCAGCAUUCAAAGCCGAAUGGGAAGCUUUGACUAUGCAUCAACAUCUUUUCGCUCUUCGAGAU